AGCUGAGGGCGCUAUGGGGCAGGAACUUUUUUUUCCCUUGUCAAGUAUAAAUAGGUUCUGUGUUUACAGUUAGCUAGAUAGAGUUCUUUGUUGUCGCUUCAGACUAUUGUGAAAAUGUACGGGCUGUGUAACAUCUUAUUUUUUUGUCCGUUAAUUCUUUCAGGAAAGUUCUUUUAAAUUAUAUUCAAGCACCUUUUUUUUUGCCAGAAAGCACUUUUUCUAGCACUUCCCUCCAGGAAGCUUCAUUUGAAACCUUCCUAAGGUAGUCUAGAGGUUCCGAGGCGUCCAUUGAAGGCUGCAGCCAUGGUAUUGAUUCUGGGUAGACGGUUGAACAGGGAGGACACUGGCAUCAGAGACUCACCAGCUGUCAAACGCAAGGUAUUUGAGGUUGACUCAAAAAUCUUAGCUAGCCAGGAUGUCUUGGACUUCUGCUCUGGCUCGUCCCACUCCGAGGGCAUUCUGCAGGUGUUCAAUGAGUUCCGCGACUGCCGCCUGUUUACAGACGUGGUCAUCAGCGUUCAGGGACGUGAGUUCCCGUGCCAUCGUGCCGUGCUCUCUGCCUGCUCUUCCUACUUCAGAGCCAUGUUCUGCAAUGAUCACCGCGAGAGCCGCGAGAUGCUGGUGGAAAUCAACGGCAUUCUGGCCGAAGCCAUGGACUCAUUCCUCACCUAUGUUUACACCGGCCGCGCAAAGAUCACCACAGAGAACGUCCAGUUCCUCUUCGAGACCUCCAGUCUCUUCCAGAUCGCCACAUUGCGUGAUGCCUGUGCAAAGUUCCUGGAGGACCAGCUGGACCCGUGCAACUGCCUCGGUAUCCAGCGCUUUGCAGACGCUCACGCUCUCAAGCAGCUGGCCAGCCGCUGCCGCAGUUACGCUCUGGCCAACUUCUCUGAGGUGGCUCAGCAUGAGGAGUUCCUAGACCUAUGCAGGGAAGAGCUGGAGGAGUACAUCGACAGCGAUGAGCUGUCCGUCGGUAAGGAGGAGAUGGUGUUUGAGGCGGUGAUGCGAUGGGUGUACAGCAGUGUGGAGCACAGGAAGCCCAUGCUGAAAGCUCUGCUACACCACGUGCGCCUUCCACUUUUGCACCCCAAUUACUUUGUACAGACUGUGGAGGGCGACCAGCUCAUUCAGAACGCUCCGGAGUGCUACCAUCUUCUCCAUGAAGCCAGGCGCUACCAUGUACUUGGAAAUGAGAUGAUGUCACCCAGAACCCGGCCACGCAGGUCGACUGGCUACUCUGAGGUGAUAGUGGUGGUCGGUGGUUGCGAAAGGGUGGGAGGCUUUAAUCUGCCUUACACAGAGUGCUAUGAUCCAGUGACCGGCGAGUGGAAGUCACUGGCCAAACUGCCUGAGUUCACCAAGUCAGAGUACGCCGUGUGCGCCCUCCGCAAUGAUAUUCUGGUGUCAGGUGGUCGCAUCAACAGCAGGGAUGUGUGGAUGUAUAACUCCCAACUCAACCUGUGGAUCAGAGUGGCUUCUUUAAACAAAGGACGGUGGAGACACAAGAUGGGCGUCCUGCUGGGCAAAGUCUACGCCGUGGGUGGCUACGAUGGUCAGAGCCGUCUUAGCAGCGUGGAGUGCUACGACUCUUUCUCAAACCGCUGGACAGAGGUGGCUCCCUUAAAAGAAGCGGUCAGCUCUCCAGCCGUGGCUAGCUGUGCCGGAAAACUCUUUGUCAUAGGAGGAGGGCCCGAUGACAACACCUGUUCAGACAAGGUCCAGUGCUACGAUCCAGAGACAGACUCUUGGUUGCUACGAGCCAGCAUCCCCAUCGCCAAGCGCUGCAUCACCGCCGUCUCUCUCAACAACCUCAUCUACGUGUGCGGCGGUCUCACCAAGUCCAUAUUCUGCUAUGACCCCACAGAGGAUUACUGGAUGCAUGUGGUACACACGUUUGCCAAACAGGAGAGCUGUGGCAUGUCCGUGUGUAACGGUAAGAUCUUCAUCCUGGGCGGCCGGGGCGAGAACGGCGAAGCGACGGACACCAUCCUGUGCUACGACCCAGCAACGGGCAUCAUCACAGGAGUGGCAGCGAUGCCACGGUGCAUCUCUUACCAUGGCUGUGUAACGAUCCAUCGCUUCAAUGACAAGUACCACAGGCCAUGACCAUAAACAGAGGCGCUUACAUGAUAUUACUGCACAAGUUAAAAGAAGCUUGGGCUCUUUGACACACUUCAUCACAUCACACCCGUUAUUCAGUUAAUUUAUUUUCUCGCAGUAUCAUGUAGCAUUGCACUGCUGUGAACCUUUAGCUAUGAUAGUUUCUCUGUAUGUAAUCAUAUUAGUGGCCAUGCGUUAUUAAUAGCCUCAAAAACUCCAAAGAAAAGUCAAGUUUAUUGUUUGCACCUUCUUGUACAGCUGUCCUCUUUAACACUAGUUCUUGUCCCACUAAUUGACAUCAAUGCACAGGAGUCAUUCAGGAAACAUCAACUCCAGCAUAUACACUCCUCAUCAAAAAAGACCUGUAGGAGGAUCUUAUGGGAGUGAGACAAAAAAAGUGAAUUUAUUGCUUACUCAGUUUUUUUUUUUACCAUUUCUUCUUUUUGCAUUUUGAAGCUCUACUUUGAACCUCCUCAAGAUCCAACAGUGCAAAAUGUAAUUUUUGCUGUUGCCAUAAAGAGAUCAUGACAGUGGGAAUGCCUGACAGAAAAUGACAUUGAAUCCACAUUUUUGCUUUUAAAGGCUGUGGUCUUAAACUUUUGAUCAGAUGAUGAAUAGCUUAUUUCACUUUAAUGCUUGUUUGCAAUAAAUUGGAAAAAAAAACAAAAAACUAAUUGAUGCAAUUUUUCAACCGGUCUUAAAGUUUUGAUCAGGAGUGUAUUAAGAAAUGGGCCGAAGUAUGCAAUCAUAACAGUAAUAAAUACAACAAAAUCCGGCAAUACAAUACAAUACAAUACAAUUCAUAUCAGUGUCAAUAAAGGGUACAAUUAAACAAAAAUCUAAUGAUUUUCUUAAUGGAAAGUGGUAAAGCGUCAUAAGUACUGUAUUGCCACAUCUUAGUUUUUCAAAUGAUUUAAAAUUAUACAGGUAUUUUUAAUAUAUAAUAAUGCAAGAUAGAUAGAUAUUUGACUCCCAGACAAGCAGCCUGUGGCAGAUAAAAAUAAUAGGAUUUAGUUUCAUUUCGUAUGUGCUAAAGAUUUUUUUUAAAUGAGUUAAGACAAAAAGACAACAGAGGUAGACUGUCCUUGUUGCACUCCAUGCUGAUAUGCAAUACACAAUAAUAAAAUGUAUAAAUAUUGCAUAUUUAUGGUAAUUCUUCCCUUUUUAGAUAAUCCAUAUCCCUUUGCCACUUACUUUGGCAUUUUAGCCUUUAUUUUGCAGCAUUAUCAUUCAUAUUAAGCUCUUUCUUACUGCUAUAGUUAUAUUAAUUAAGGUAUGUGUUUUUUUUAUAUGUAUUAUGUAUGUAUACUUCAUAGAUUUAGCCAUUGUUUAGUAGUGUAGUGGGCAUGAGGAUUGUUUUAUUAGAUGUAAGAGGUCUUUUUUGGUAAGAUACUGCCUGUACAUACAGUUGCUGCAUUUGUGUGACUUACAUUUGAAUGAAUUAGGUUGCAGUGGCUGCUUCCUGUUAACACUUCACUAAGGCUGGCACCUUUGACACGGGCACUUGCUUUUAAAGACAUAACUCGGGGUAACCGUAGAUACCUCCAUGUGUGUUUGUGGGUUUACUAGUCAGCUACGGUGAUGUGUAGCAGUGCUAAGUAGGGAUGGGCACUAAAUGAAUUAAGUAGGUUGUAAAUAAAGAAUACAGUCGUCCCUCGCCACAUCGCGGUUCGAAUUUUGCGGCUUCACUCUCAUGUUUUUUCAAACAUAUAGAGUAUGAAUUAAUAAAUCAUGCCGUUUCAUCCUUGAAUAUGACCUAUUAGUAAAAAAAAAUCAUAUUUAAUGAAAUUUUACGUAUUUUUUUUAAUUAAGCAUUUUCAAGCAUAAAAAUAGCUAAAAUUCAAAUACAAGGCAUUAUAAGAGGACACAUUCAAAUUGUGAUAUGCAGUAUUCUAACUGGUCACUAGGUGUCUGUAGGUGAAGCAUACAAGUGCAGGCUUUUAUUGCAGGUUUGUCACCACGAUUGAGUAGUCCUCCAAGGAAAUACUUCUCCAGACGAACAUUCCCUGUCCUCACAAUGACAUUUCAUCCACAUUAUGCAACUUUCCGUAAGAUUCCGCGUUUAACAGUGAAUUCCGUUUUUUUGCCAAUUCCGUUAAUGCGGAAAUCAUAGCGCCCAUAUUUAGAAGGGUGUAAACAGUUUUGAUGCUCUAACUACCAAAAUAUUCCAUUUAUAAUUAAGGAAUCCUACUUGGCUGAAAUUCACUUAUCACGGCCGGGUCUGGAACCAAUUAACCGCGAUAGACGAGGGACUAUUGUAUAAAUCAAUUCAUUGGUGUGUUUUUUUUUUUUUCAAACUAAUAUUUUUAAUAGGAUCCAAAAAUCUUUCCCUGAAUGUUCUGAACUCCUGUUUCCAUGCCCUUGAGGCGUUAGACUCGGGGCUGAACUUCCCAUCAUAUUGUGGAAAGGAGUUGAGACUGAAUCAACAGCGCCUGUGCUGUCUACAGCCAGUAGCGCACCCCGUUUUGAGUCAUUUGUUUUAAAUCAUGAUUAAUCUGAAUCAGUCCCACACAGUUCACCAAUUCUUCUACACAUCCAAAUGGUUGUGAAUGAGGGCUAUUGAACGGUGUGGUUUAAGGUCAGUAAACGUUUUUACAAUAGGUGUUGAUAGACAAGACAUUGCUGUGAACUUAUAUUUUUUCUUGUAUUUAAAUGUAUCUCUUCAUGGUUGCAAAUUUUUUGUAUUUAACCGAGAGCCCCAAUUGUGCACUUUGAAAGAGUAGAUGACAGUAGAUGAUUUUUUUUUCUUACUGUAUCAGUAAAUGUUAUUUGUGACAUAUCGUGAAGGGCCCUGAUAGCGCCUCCUGUCUACCGCAGUCUACUAUGGUUAAUACAUACAAGAACAGUUGACUUGGCUAUUUAAACAUGGCCAAAAACAUCAUCCUCCAGUUUUUCCUAACAGACUCAAUCACCCGCCAUAGUUAGAAUCACACAGGACGCCAACAACGAGGCAACAAAGUAGUAAAGUAGCAAGGAUGGUGAUCACUUUUGCAAGAAUAAAAGUAGUGUUUGUGUGUGUGUGUCUGGGAUUUCACUGAGUAUUUACUCAAAUGGGACACAAAAAACAUGUCCUCCAUUGUUAUUUUAUUCUAAUUUGAUUGAUUAUUUUUUUUAUUUCAGCUUUCAUACACGUUUUGCUUUAACAACAUUUACUUUUUUUUUUUAGCAUUUGUGUGUUUUUGUGGGAUUGUGUGUCAUUGUAUUUUUCACACCAUGUGCAAAAUCAUUUCGAUUUGAAUGGAGUAAGAAGCCAACAUGAGUGCUGAUGGGCUCUUAACUGUUUAAUAAUGUGCCUCUUAAGGGAUAAACCAGUUGGGCAAUAGUGAUUAUUUUUUUAAUAUGAACCAUUACUACACUAUGUAUGUAUGAUGUGCUGUUUUAAGAUUUUUGUAACUAUUGAGUUGUGUACAAGAAACAUCAAUAAAGUUUUUCUUUCUGU